AUGGAAGACACAAGACAGUUGAUCAAUAAAUACUCCUCCUUCAUUAUUCACUCUGGUAACAAAGUUUCUUUUUGGUUUGAUAACUGGUCUGGAGACGAAGCUUUAUAUUUAGCUUUUCCAAAUAUUUUCAGUUUGGUAAAGGAUAAAUUCUUGAGUAUUGCCUUUCAUAUUUCUCCUGAUGGUAAUUGGAUCUUUGAUUUUAAAAGAAGAUUGAGAAACUCAGAAGCAAACCAGUUUGCUAACCUCCUGGUACGUAUUGGUGUCUCCCCUCCUCAACUUAAUGAUCAGUUUGACACUAUAAGAUGGUCUCUGGGAACUAAUGGUGUGUUUUCUGUAAAAAGUUUAUAUGCCAAACUUAUCGAAGCCGAUGGAGUAGCUGAUUUUCCAAAAUAUUUCAUAUGGAACAAGAUAGUUCCUCCUAAUAUUACUUUCCUCUUAUGGUGUGUGGUUCAUGGUAAGCUUAAUACUCUUGAUCUUCUUAAUCGUAAGGGCUUAAAUCUAGAUAAUUGUUGCAUUAUGUGUUGUAAUGAGGCAGAAUCUGUAUUUCAUCUCCUUAUCCAUUGUAAAGUAGCUUUCAAAGUUUGGUCUUCUAUUACUCCUUCUAACUGGGCAUGGACUUUUCCGGAGUCUGUUUAUGAUUUUGCAAAAUGCUGGAACAAUGCCUUUCAGGUAGGAAGCAGUUCAGUUUGGAACUUAAUCCCGACAGCCGUGGUUUGUGUUUUAUGGAGAGAAAGAAAUGCUCGCAUUUUCGAAAGAAGACAUACUUUCAAAACAGACAAUGAUCUUUCUUUGGAUGCUAAAUCUUUAGUAAUAGUUUGA